AUAUUUUUAACGACUUUGAUGUUUUGAGAUUUCAUCCAAAUAAAUUGACAUUCUCUAAAUUGUCCCGUGUUUUAUUAUCGCAGUUAUCAACUUAAUUAUUCAACUUAUAUAAAAACUUAUAUUUUUGUAUUAUUCAUUCAAAUCUUUCAAUAUGUUAAUCAAAGUUAAGGUAUGUCAAUCAAUUAAUACUUUAACUGGUAAAGAAAUUGAAAUUGAUAUUGAACCAACGGACAAAGUCGAGCGAAUCAAGGAAAGGGUAGAAGAAAAAGAGGGUAUUCCUCCUGCCCAACAACGACUUAUCUUCAGUGGAAAACAAAUGAACGAUGAAAAAACAGCAGCCGAUUACAAAGUUACUGGAGGCUCAGUUCUACACUUAGUUCUGGCUUUGAGAGGUGGUAAUAAAAUGCAACCGAAACCAAAACCAAAACCUCAAAUCAUUUCUUUGGCAUGCAACUCCAAGGCUACUUUGAAAGUGAAAGAACGACCCAUCAGGAAAAAGAAAGAUCGCUGUCAGUUGAAAGGACAUUCCUGUCCUCAAUGUCAAAAAUUUUUUGAAAAGCUUGGCCAUAAAUCAGAAGAAAAGCAUUCAAGACAUCGAUCAGAUGUUUCUCCUCCUAAGACACCACCACACUUUUGGGAGGUUGAUUUCCCAUCCACUCCAGAAUGUAAAAAACGAGGAUACAUCAGAUAGUUGGAAGAAGUGGAUUGAGAAUUAGUUUAUUCAACUUGCUCUUGCAACCGCAAACCGUUCUUCAACUCUUUCGUUGUCUUCUCCGCUUAACCCUCUAUUUUCAUAGCCCUUUCCCUCUAUCCUACAAAUGAAAACUGUAACAAUCAAUUAAAAGUCAUGGAUUAACGUGACCAUUGGACCGUUAAGGCCACUCUUUUCAAUUUAUGACAGUCCCUGUUGCCAAUAAUCUGAAAAAAUUAUUAAUCCAAAUUCAACGUUUGAAGUGUGAUAAUUACGUUGAUUAAAGAAAUCUGACCCACCAUUAA